AUGCCUAUCCCCCGUCCACCUUAUCUGCCCGACACCAUCGAAGACUUGCAGGGAGACCGGUUCCAGAACUGUCUGCCCCAAUGGCUAGUCUACAUCCAAGAGUCCUGCCGUCUUCUCGAGGAAACGGACUCCGCCGUCGCGAAGGCGGAGGAGGAGACCAACCAAGCCAAGCUAAAAGCCGACGCCCUUAAGCAGCAAGCCAUCUUCCUGACCGACGAGAAGAAUGAGGCAUUACGCCGGAUGGAGGUGCAGAUCCAGAGGCACCUUGCUGUGAUCGAGUACCAGAAGGAACAGCUCCGAGAGAAAGAUGAGCGCUGCACGAAGUCAGAGAUUGAGAAGGAGAAAGCUCUUGCCCUCGCGGCUCCAACGGUCCCCACCCCCAAGACCCAGAAUAACCCGGCCUUGCCUACUGAGAUG